CCCGGGAUGAUCCUGCCCGCGGCAUGGAGCCAGUGUCCGUCGAUGACUGCCGUGCGUGCCAGCAGCAGCAACUGCAGCUGCAGCUGCAGCAGCAGCAACAACAGCAACAGCAGCAGCAGCAGCAGCCGUCGUCCCCCGCCGACGGUGGAGACAACGAGGAGGAAGGGGGCGGCGCCGAGGACGAAGAGAAGUCUAUCCCGGUGGCCUUCCCGCGCAACAUCCUGCGCUGCCUGGUGCUGCUGCUGCCCGUGUCGGUGCCCGUGGUGGUGUACGUGCGGGACGCCGACUCUACGCGACGCCUCUUCCUGGUCGCCUUCGCACUCUUCCUGCUGCUCGUCUUCUCCUGCGUCACCAUGGCGCUGGUGCGGUCCCGCAGCAGGGCACACGACGACGACGAGGAGGCUGCGCCCAGGGCCGGGCGCCCGUCAAGCCGAGGCCUGCCUUUCCUGCGAGCCAUGCCGUACCGCGUGGCGGCGCGGGCCCCUCCCCGCUACCCGGGCUACCGGCUGGCCGGCCACCAGCAGCUGAGCGCCGCCCGGUGCGCCGCACUGGCCGCAGAGGACCCGCCGCCCUGCUACCUGGACGCUCUUCGCUGCCCGCUGGCGCAGACGUACAAGGCGCGCGACACCGAGACGCCGCCGCCCGCGUACGACGCCAUCUCCUGAGCCUCGGACUACUCGCAUGCCGUGAGCCAGCAGGGAGAAGGCGCGAGACGCGCGCACACUUAGUGGACCAAGCAUCCUCGACUGCGGCGACGACCGAGCGUCUCAGACGGGGCGUCACCCUGACCGGGAGCAUACGAUGCUCCGGCUGCGCGCCUCCGGGAGUCAUCGCACGAGCUGAAUGUACGUGCUUCCUGUGAAGCCAGGUGACCACGCUAUGCCCUGUGGACACGGAUGAAGAUCCUCGUUCGCAGUGCACGGUGCCGAGUUGACGUGACCACAGAGUGACCGCGAGAAAGCGGCGCUUCCGUGUGAGCGACGAUGAGAGUUCUUUCGUCUUCUUCAGAGUUGGUGUCUGCGUCUUCAACGCGCGAGUGGUUUCGGUGUCGUCACAGCGUUGCAUAUCGUGUGCGAAUGCAGGGCGACUGACUCCCUUUCGCAGUGCGCGGUGCCGUGCUCCUAUGGUCACAGAAUUAAGUGAGAGCUGUAGCUCCGUGCGCACAAAGUACCGUCUAGCGAGGUCCUUCUUUGUCUCCGAACUCGUAGGUGUAACUCAUCACUCCACGAAUGGAUUACCUCCUUCGAAACCAGGCGACAGCGUUGUCUUGGGUGUGUGCGUGAAGUAAGAACCUAUAGUUCGCAGUGAACGGCACCGAGCUCACACGAUCAUCGAGUGAAGUGAGAAAGAAGUGCUUGUGCGCGGCUGUGAACGCCGUGUUUCUGCGAAUCAGCGCGUGGCUUCACAGACGACGCCGUGAUGGACGGACGCGAGAUCCCCGGGAAGCCUGCGUCGAGACGACGUAUUCUAUCCACGACACGGAAGCCUUUUCUGCGCUCGUGCUCUGUACAAAAUUCUCGCGCAGACUCUCGCGAUGGCGACAUUGAGGCCGACAGAGACGAAUGUUUGCGUGUGUGCGUGUUUACAAACGGUGUUUAUGCGUGUACAUAGAGGAGGUUCGUCGAGUGCUCGCUCCACCGUUCGAGAGACCUUGCUUCCCUCGGUCAGUGGUGACGUUGCGUUUAAGGGUGCAUCGGCAGAGGUUCCGAUCGCGGUGCAUCCAAAUCGUACAGCUCUCGCGUUGCGCUCAUUGCGUCUCCUUCAGCAGUUGACGGAGGGACACAGCUAGCGCGCACGCUCCCGGUUGGUGAAGGGCUCGGCAUGAACCACAGGUUUAAGGGCUAGGCUCGUAAUUCACAAGUCUUCGAUAUCAAAGGUCACGCGAGGCGCUCUGUAUUCGAAUGUCGACAGUAACUGCCCCUGUGUGCGACCAAAAGAACUCUCGGACGAUUAAGCUUGUAUGCAGAAAUACCUCG